AUGGCAUCGCGCGAGCCGGACACCCAGAAAGAGGGUGCAAAGGUGGAUGGAUACUUGGUGCGACCGGCCCCGGCUCCUGCUUUGGCUCGCGAGGUUGGCAAGACCGCCUUGUCGGUUGUUGGCGGAGAACUCCCGGUUCCGGUGCAAGAGCUCGCCAAGCGUGCGUACCUGUACACGCUGGAUCCCCUUCGCAAUCCUGUGAAGCAAGUCUACGAUGCCUCAGCGUCUGUCUUGGAGAUGCCGCCCCUGCUCGGAAUCUUCAAUGACAUCCCCACCCACAAGAUGCGCGAGGAUGAGGUCGUAGCUUGGGCUCGCUCGGGAUUCUCCUUCAUUGUGUCAGAUGCAGAACAUCGGCAAAUUUCAGGGUGGCAGGGCCGAGAGGAGAAUGCGAUGAUCGCAAGAAGCGGCAUGCUGCCUGUGCAGAGACUUCACCGCGAAGCCGUGUCGCAGCACGGCGACGCCCUCCAGGUGGGGGCCCGCGCGACGAUGCGCCCUUACGCCACGACGGUUGCCGAGGCCGACCAGUACUUCCAAGCCAUGACCUUCCCUCCUGGCCGUCCAGGUACUGCAUCCCAGGACUCACGGGGUGGAUACCCCACACGGCUCGGCGACCGUGAGCUCUGCUUCACCCCAGACAGUCUCCGGGCGUCGGAGAGCGAAACGCAGGGAUGGCUGCAGUUUGAGACGAGCGAGUACAUCUUGAACGCGGAGAUCCGCGACCCUGUUCUUGACCUGAUGAGUCGUCAAGGUCCAGGAAAAGCCGUGGGCUUUGUCGGGCCUUUUGAUGCCGUGAUGCGUGACGGCGUUCAUCCGAAUAUGGCUUCUGGGAUGAACCAGCUCUUCCAAGAGGCAGCCAAGCGCGGCAUCGUGAUGGGAAGGGUCUGUGGGUCCGGCACGAUCUCAGACCCCAAGGACAUCGAGGAUGCCAUAGUGGAGGCAAUUCAGCAGGGGUGUCGGCUAAUUUCUGUCCAUCGCUUCACCUCGGACCUGCCCUUCUAUGGUGCGCGAGCAGUGGCCGACCCAUUCUGGCGCGCCUGUGCCCGCUGCGGGUUCUGA